AUGAUAUGCUCACAAGUCUGGCUGAAGAUUUCUUCAACAUGUUGCUGGCUGUAUAUGACGGUAGACCUGAAGGUAGUAAGAAAACUUAAUUUAAUGCUUGACAACACGCCUCGAGAUGCCAGGAAAAAGAUAUUUUCUACACAGGAAAUGUUUCUUGUCAUGAGUGACAUGGGGAGGAGAAUUUUGGAAGCUGGAGACUAUGACCUGCAAGUAGCCAUUACAGAAGCUUUAUGCAGAAUGGUAUCAGAGAAACAAAGAGGAGAACUGGCGCGCCAGUGGUUUUCCAUGGAGUUUGUGUCCAGUGCAUUUAAAGGAAUUAAAGAUUCUGAGUUUGAAACAGAUUGCAGAAAAUUUCUUAACCAAGUGAAUGGCAUGCUUGGAGACAAAAGAAGGGUUUUUACAUAUCCGUGUUUAUCGGCAGCUCUUGAUAAACAUGAGCUACAGAUACCAUUGGAUGAAAAUCUUGAAGAAUUUUGGAUUGAUUUCAAUAUUGGUAGCAGAAGUAUAUCUUUCUACGUGGCAGCAGAUGAUGCAGAUCAUCAGUGGGAAACAGUCAUUAUACCAGAAGAAGAGGUAGACCUGUACAGCCUUGAAGAAAAAGAUUCAAAGAAAUUACUAACGAUAUUGCUAAAAAGCCCAAUGAAUGUGGGUAAUCAAGAAGGAGAGAAAUUUUUCCUAUAUUUUGAUUCUAUCUUGGAAAUCAAAGAUGUAACCAGAAAGAUUUAUGGAUUUAGUAAAUGGAAGGGCUUUACUAAGAAGCAGUCUGCUUCAGUUGCCAAAACAGCUGUACACGUUGUCUUUGAUGAAAGCGGAUCACAGGUUCUGGUACCAGAAAGCCAGGCGUCACCAUGUUUGGGAGAAAAAUCUGAAGAGGAGAAACUCAGUAAGUACAAAACCCAGCAACUUCCUGGAACUCUGAGGACUCUGAAUAAAAAUAACAGUCAAGAAAAAUGCAGAGAUAGUUCCUCCAAGGUAACUACAUCUUGUAAAAGGAAAGUGUCUGAAGCAUCCGUGCUUAUUCCUGGAACUACAAGAUUUUCCACAAGGAGUCCACUGGUAUUUGUUCGCACACCCACUCCUUCUAAAGGACGAUUUAAAUUACCUUUGGAAAUGAGGAGCUCUGCUGAAAGGUCUAACAAUAAUGCAGUAAAUGAGGCCAGAACAAAGAAUUUCUGUCAAGAACCUACUGGAAGUGGGCAAAGAUGUACACUAGACAACAAACUUUGUGAAAUGGAACAGAAGAUCAGGAAGUCCAAUAUCAGAAAUGAGGCAAAACUACCUGAAAAGCGUAUGUGUGCUGAAGAAGUUUCAGAAAUGAUACACGAGGCAGAAAUUGAGGCCACACAAAAGCAAACUUUAGAUGAAGCGUUAGAUAUUGUGCCUGAUUCUCAGCCAGUAGGGAGAAGCAACAAACCUUUGCUGCCUGGUCUUUUGGAGAGUUCUUUUGAUAAAACCAAAACAAUGAAAAAAAGAGCAUGCUCUGUUCCUGAGGAAAAUAUAGCAACUGGUCGCAAGCAAAAGUUAAAUCCGUCAUUGGCACAUACGUCCCAUCCAGCUAGAGUGUCCGAAACGUCUUUGCAUUCUGAUUUUACAAAAGAGGAACCUGAUUUGCUCUUUAGAAAAGAGACUGCAAAUCCAAAACCAUCAAAGACGAAAAGAAAGUCUAAAGAAAUGACAGAUGCAACAAAAUCACUAAUUAGUAAAAUCAGUGACAGGUAUAAAGUAAAGACUGAUGAGAAAAGCAAAGCAAGAGACUCCUUGGGUUUUAACAGGCCACAUUUAAAUAAAUCCCAUGUCUCUAAGGAAGACGUUCAGGAUAGAAACCUUAAAACCACUACUUUUCUUGAUAUAACUGCUGGUCAUAUUACGGAUGACAUCUACAACUUUAACAUCAGUGGGUUUGAUGAGCCUACAAUAAAGCUUGGAAUUCAAGAAUUGCGUGUUACUGAACGGAGUGUUCACACAGAUCCAAACAAAAAAGGGAACGCAGAAGAUAAUAAACCUAGCAUUGAAGUGAAAGGAAGAAAAAAAACUAGAAACAAUCAAAACAAGAAGCACCUCUUUAGUGACACAGACACAGAAUACAGAGGUGAUGACAGCAAGACAGACAUCAGUUGGCUACAAGAAUCAAAUAGAAAAGCUAAAGCCCCGUUAAUUGAUUACAGUAGAAAUAAAAACUUAGGGAAAACAAUAAACGCAGACAAAACAGAUAAAUUCUCUGAACUUCCUUGCCACAUGGAUAAACCUAAAGGCAAAAAUGCAAGGAAGAAAAAGGUAAACGAAUGUAAAAAACAGAAUUCAGGAACUGAUGAAAUAGAGCAAAACACCAGACAAAGGCGACCUCGAAGAGCAGCAUUAGCAAAAAAUUACAAAGACCCUUCCAGUUCAGAGUCAGAGUGUGAAAGGAAAUCUCCAGUAUGCACCUCUAAGGAAGACAAAUCAAAAGGACAGGUAUACAAUUGUACUUUAAUCUCAAAAAUCCACUUCUGCAAUAUUUUUCAAACUAUGAAUGGGGAAAAUAAGGCUGAUAAUCAACAAAAGGAACUACAGAAUAUUGUAUCUAUGGAGCCAAAGAAAGUAGCUAACUAUGUACAUAAAGCAUUUAUUAAAUCAAAGAAUUCUGCAGAGCAAGAGGAAAUUGAAAUGCCUUCAUCUGAGAGUCUUGGAUCCCCUGAGACAAUGAGAUGUGCUGAAAGAGUAUCGGAAGGAGAUGUUACUCAAGAACAUACCUAUAGUGAAAGAUCACCUGGUCUUCAGGAGUCAACGCUAGAAAAAAGAGAAUCCUUAAAUUUUGAGAAAGGAAUCUCUCUCAAUAAUUUCUGUCCACAAAAAAAGAACAUUCAAAGUGUAUGUCUAAAUCAGUCCCCCGAGAUGACUGUUAAAAAGUUAACAUUUGGAAAUAAAAGUUUCUCACCAGUUUUAACUGAAGCAUCUUUGCUCAGCUUAACAACAUAUAAAACUGUCAGUGGAAAAUGUGAAAAGGGAUCUGUAUCUGAAACACGUGAUAAUAAUGAAGAGUCAAGUUUCAGACAUUGCUUUUCAGACACAUUUUCUAUUAAAGGAAAACUACAGGAUAUCACUAAACCUGUCACCAAAAGUAAGGAAGAGGAUUGUGUACUACCAUCUCCAUUGUCUGUUUCCAGUGGAAGUAAAGUACAGUCUUGGAGCGAAGAACCUUAUGGCCCCAUACAUGAGUCAGGACCAACUAUACAGACAUUCAAACGAAGGUACCACGGUGAAACAGAAAGCAACUCUGAUGAAGUAGAAACAAGCAAAGAGGAGGAGAAGAAAGGAAACAGAACAAGAAAGUUACAGCCUAGAAAAUUGUUUAAAACAGAUGAUGCUGUUACUUACAGAGUGUCUGAAAGCGUAUCUACUGUAUCUGUAAAUGAUCUGUCUGUUUUGGAUGGGGAGAUCUGGGAACCUGGUUGUUCAACUCUCAGUAUAUGUCAGAAGCUCCAAAAAGAAUUUACUAAGAAAAUUGAGAGCCGCUCACAGAAAAUGGAUCACUUUACUAAGCAAUCAUUACGAGCUGCCCAUCAGCAUUUGACAACAAUGAGUUACCAGCUUCACGAAUGCAGGAUCAGGCAGCUGGACAAAUUUCAUUUUGCUCUUCUUGAGGAGCUUGAGAAUUUUGAAAAAGAUUCUCAGUCCCUGAAAAACAUGGAAAAAGAAUUCUCGACCUUUUGGAAAAAACAUACGCAUACUUUUAGUACAUACAUGAAAAAUGAGCAACAGAGAAUUCAGAUUCUUAAAACUUCAUUUGAAAAGAACAUCUACCAUACUGUUGACUAUGAAGAACAUAUUUUUACUUCAGAGAUGCAUCUGAUGAAAGAAGACAUAAAAGGACUCCAAGAGAAACUUCUUAAAGAAAUGCAAGAAGAGGAACUGUGUAACGUUCGCAGAGGAUUGCAGGCAUUUUUUCAAGCAGAAGAUAGAAUUCUGAAGUAA